AUUCCAGUGAACGGGGAAACAGUCGGAGUGUUUAUUAGGUGCUCCGCUAUUUGCAGUGAACGCGAACCGUCCUUUUUUAAAAAAACUAGAAUUAUCAAAUAACUUAGAGUCAAAUCCUCUACCUCAGUUCAGUAACAAUGGCAGGGAACUUCUGGCAGAGUUCACAUUACCUGCAGUGGGUGCUGGAUAAGCAGGACCUCCUGAAAGAGCGUCAGAAAGACCUGAAGUUCCUCACAGAGGAGGAGUACUGGAAGCUGCAGAUAUUUUUCGCCAACGUGAUCCAGGCUUUGGGAGAGCACCUGAAACUCCGACAGCAGGUCAUUGCCACGGCAACCGUUUACUUUAAACGCUUUUAUGCCAGGUACUCUCUGAAGAGCAUAGACCCGGUGUUGAUGGCUCCUACCUGUGUGUUUCUAGCAUCUAAAGUUGAGGAAUUCGGCGUUGUUUCGAACACCCGCCUUAUUUCUGCAGCCACGUCUGUGUUGAAAACACGAUUCUCGUACGCCUUCCCUAAGGAGUUUCCAUAUCGAAUGAACCAUAUCCUGGAAUGUGAGUUCUACCUCCUGGAGCUUAUGGAUUGCUGUCUGAUUGUGUACCAUCCCUACAGACCUUUACUGCAGUAUGUGCAGGACAUGGGGCAGGAGGACAUGCUCCUCCCACUCGCAUGGAGGAUCGUGAACGACACGUACAGGACAGACCUGUGCCUGCUCUACCCUCCCUUCAUGAUCGCUCUGGCGUGUUUGCACGUGGCGUGUGUAGUGCAGCAGAAGGACGCUCGGCAGUGGUUUGCUGAACUCUCUGUGGAUAUGGAUAAGAUCCUGGAGAUUAUCCGUGUAAUCCUGAAGCUGUAUGAUCAGUGGAAGAACUUUGAUGACCGGAAAGAAAUGCCUACCGUGCUAAACAAGGUGCCUAAGCCCAAGCCACCACCCAACAGCGAGAACGACCAGAGCGCUAACGGGAAUCAGAGCAGCUCUUACAGCCAGUCCUGAAACUCCUCCUGGUGGAGCAGCCAGACAUAUGGACACAGAGACCCCAAGACACACACACACAUUGCAGCACACCAUGAUGCUCUGCUCUAAUCAAAAUGUAUUUAGACUGAGGAAUAGUAGACAUCUGGGAGAGCAAACAUGAUGCCACUGUGUGACACUAAUCUUUAUUUACUGUAUGGAUGCACAGCGCUGGUGUCAUUUGGACUGGCCUAUACAGCUGGUCAUUAUUACGGCUUCACACACACACGCGCGCACACACACGUCGGCCAAGUGUGUUCAACUAAGUUGCUCUCGCUGAUCCUGACUUUCUUGAAGAAAAAAGACUUGAUCAUAUUUUACAUUCUCGAGAAUGUGUGAGUGAGAGAGCGCGUUUGAUGGAGUGAGUGUGAGAGUUUGCGUGUCUCUUGUCGACCAUAUCACAGUUUGCAUUCCUCAGGGAAACGGCUCUACACAUAUAAUGGCCACAGGGCUAUGUUGGUGAUCUUCUCGGACCUUGUACUGUGUUUAAUUCCCCUCCCGCUCGGAUAGUUCUCCUCUGGUUAUGUUUUGCGGUCCGGCGUCGGCACUGUGAACGAGAGCGUACAGGUUGUUUCCUUUCAAAGUGCUCGUUUACCAUUUUCACCCUAAAACUGCACUUGUAAAUAUGCUUUGUAAAUGUGUAUGAAAAUAAACGAAAAACUUUUAUCUCA